AUGGUGUCCCAAAAAUAUCUAAAAAACAAAACCACAGAAUUUUUCCACAAAUUGGACAAAAUUAUCUUCGUUUGCAGCAGCAUGAACUACUGGGUAGAUGAUAAUGGUGGCUUCCCGAACCGUUACAAUGGUAUACCUGAGCUAGUCGUGAACGCGUACAGGAGAAUUAUAAAAGUUAUAAACGCAGCGAUUGUUCUGUUUGUGGUGGCAGAGUUGGGGUCAUUCUUCACUCAAAACAAUCUUACGGAGAAACAGAAAUCUGACCGCGUUAUGAUGACGUUUUCACACAUUAUUAUGUACUCUUUCACACUCUCUCUGAGCCAGAAUAAGGAAACGGUGACGGAGAUAUUGUUUGCGUUGGCUGUUGAUUUAAAGAAGGAUUUCAAUGAUGAGGAGACGGAGAGACUCAUGCUGAAACGCACCAAAAUCUACGCGUGGGCGUUUGUGCUUCUUUGCUUUAAUGCGCUCAUAUUUUACGGUGUUGAAGGAUUAACUCAGGUAUUGUUUUCAGAUGGAACGUUCGUCACAAUGAUAACCGUCUGGCCCGAGGUCCACGACCGAUCACCCGUCGCCGGAGUUGGUCGCGUCGUCGUCUACAUCCUCUGGUGGCUAUGGAUGAUCAGAAUCACCACCUCCUAUCUCAUAGUCUUCGCUGUCACCAUCUCCCUCAGCCAUCAGUACAUGAACCUGCAAAUGUACUUUAAGAGUCUCGCGGGGGUAUUUGAAGAGAGGAUUAGUCAGAGUGAGAAGGAAGAAGAAGAAGAAAAGAAGUUUGAGAGAGCUCUGAAGCUUGGUAUAAGAUUGCAUGCUACCACCAUUUGGUGCACGCAACAAGUGCAGAGAACUUGCGGAAAUGUGUUCAGCGGGCACAUCGUUGUUAACAUCGGCGUAUUGGUGCAAGUCAUGUCACAGUUUAAGGAUUCUGACCGCGCUCCGAGUCACUUGUUGGCCAUAGCAGGCAUCUUCGUGAGCAUGCUGUUCAGCACUGGAUUCAUCAUGUGGAGCGCAGGAGACAUCACUGUUGAGGCAGGCAAUUUACCGACGGCCAUCUUUAUGUCAGGAUGGCAGAACUGCACGAACAUGUCUUCUUACCGAAUUCGGCGACUGAUGUUGAUUGCUAUGACCCAAAGUCAGAAACCUGUUAUCAUGAAGAGUUGCGGAUUCAUAGAACUCUCUUAUCAAUCGUACUUAUCGAUUGUGAAGACAUCGUACUCCAUAUUCUCAGUUUUGUAUUAA